GUCUCCGGGGAGAUUGUUCUCUUCGCGCGUUGCGUCUGCUUCUGCUUCUGCGUCUGCUGCGGCUGUAACAUCGAGUUCUACGAAUAGAUUUGAAGCUUUAGAAGAGGGGAUUGAAAAGGUCAUUUAUAGUUGUAGAUUCAUGACGUUUCUUGGAACAUUAGGAUCGUUGCUCGGAUCGGUUCUCUGUUUCAUCAAGGGAUGUAUGUAUGUUGCAGACUCGUUUUUGCAGUACUCGGUGAAUCGUGGGAAGGUGAUAUUACUUUUAGUUGAGGCCAUAGAUAUAUAUCUCCUAGGAACUGUGAUGUUGGUAUUUGGACUGGGACUUUACGAGCUGUUCAUUAGUAAUCUCGACACUUCAGAAUCGAUUUCACACGAUAAUGCUUCCAAUAGAUCGAGUCUCUUUGGCAUGUUCACCUUAAAGGCGAGACCUCAAUGGUUAGAAGUGAAAUCGGUUAGUGAACUGAAAACGAAGUUGGGACAUGUAAUAGUGAUGCUACUGUUGAUUGGUUUGUUUGACAAGAGCAGGAAAGUAGCCAUAACUUCAGUCACGGAUUUGUUAUGUAUCUCUGUCUCUAUCUUUUUUUCUUCUGCUUGUCUCUUCUUGCUCUCUAAGCUCCAUGGGUCACAUUGAGUUAAUGGUGUUGUCCCUUAAUAAAAGAAAACUUUGUAUAUGAUGUGUAUAAUGUUUUUAGCAAAGCUUCAUUUUCUCUUUUUUUUUU